CAUGAACAAGUUGGUUGAUUGUUGAAGAACUUUUAUCACUUAUCACUGUUAUCAAGUUUAUUUAUUAUCAAAUUAUAGAUGAAAGUUCAGUUCCGUUUCGCUACAAGGUGACCAAAUUCCGUGUCUCUGACGACGAUUCAUUUCUCCAAUCAUACAAAUUUCUGGAAUACUUGUUACAUUAACAUCAACUAACUUUCAGUAAUAUAUUAUACAGAUUUUUAUUUAGUUGAUAUCUUCUAGCAAAACAAAAUGGAGAACCGUCAACUGGAUACAAUGUUCGGCUUCAUCCUGAACAUAAUGUUUCCCAUCAAGUUGCUGCUCCGUGUGUACUCACUAGGGAUCCUGAUGAUAGACUUCAUGUGGGUGUGGGUGAAUGCAGCCUUGGCCAUUAUGCAGGCUACAUAUGAAAUGUUCUGGCCUCCUCCCAUGAAGUCCUUGAGUAUGGAGACUGCUUUGGUUAUCGGCUCCGGCAGAGGAGUAGGCCGGGAGCUAGCCAUUCAGCUCUCAGAUUUAGGCGCCAUUGUGCUCUGCGUAGAUAAGAACAGUUCCAACAACAUGGAUACCCUGGAAGCAAUCAAGCGGCGCGGUGGCUCGGCACUUAGCUUCACCUGUGAUAUCACGAAGAAGCAGAAUGUUGAGGAGUUGGCGAUACAAGUGCGGAAGGAGAUAGGUUUUGUUAGCAUGCUGUUCACCUGCUGCGGCAUUCCCAGUCCGCGGUCUCUGCUCACGCAACCUCCGCAAGACGUACAUGGAACUUUGGAUCUCACACUUACAUCGCUUUUCUGGCUCAUAGACCAGUUCAUCCCAGCCAUGAAAGCAAAGAACCGCGGCCACAUAGUAGCGCUGACUUCAGUAGCUGGUCUCAGCUACAUUAAGGAUCAGAUGCCGUUGAGUGUUGCACAGUUUGCAGUCCAAGGCCUGGCAGAAUCUCUCAUGGAGGAUCUCAGAAUAAACAGGAUAGACGGGGUCCACGUGACCCUGACCCACAUCUAUCCGCUUAUCGUAGGGGAAGACAGCUCGGAAUUGAGGUUGAGGAUACCAAGCUACUUCGGCACUAUAACCCCUCAAGUGGCAGCCUCCAGUAUCCUAGAGAGCGUCCGUCGGAAUUACCCCGAAGCUUCAGUGCCUAAACAACUUCUCUUCUUAGGGCACCUGCUCCGGAUAUUACCCAGGAAAGCCACAGUGCUGAUACGCGACCUAUUAGACACCGGCGUGGAUUUUGCGUGAUACUAGUACCUACUAAUGUUAUAAUGUCUGGCUAUCAGUUUUUAUGUUAUGAUUUUGCCAACUAUUUAUAUAUGGUUCUUACUAAGUCAAGCGAAUCAAGAAGGUUAUCUAUCAGUGUUUAUAUUUAUAAAUCAAGCUAUAAUUAAGAAAACUAAAAUUGAUUACCUUGAAGCCUUCUGGCCUAAAUAUCUGCUGUUCCUAGGGCACUUGCUCCGGAUAUUACUCAGGAAAGCUACAGUACUCAUACGUGAUCUAUUAGACGUAGAUUUUGUGUGAUAUGAGUACAUGACAGAAGACAUGUGUUGACUAGGUCAAGCGAACCAAGCGCCAUCAGAGUUUAUAUUUAUAAAUCAAGCUUUAAGUAAGUUUUACUCUAAGAAUACUAACAUCGAUUAGGUACCCCAAAGCAUCAGUACCUAAACACCCUUCCUAGGCCACCUGCUCCGGAUACUACCCAGGAAGGCCACAGUACUCAUACGUGAUUUAUUAGAUACGGGCGUGGAUUAUGCGUAAAGUUGUAUUAGUAACUUUAUAGUUCGUGUCAUUCAUUUGUCAAAUCUAACCUUUAAUGACAUGACAUUACGAGUCAAGGUACGCGUCUUCGUGAAUGACACGAUCUAAUAUAUAAAGCCUAUCCGUAGGUAUUCCUAAAUUUAUUGUAGUCUGGUUUUUUAAUUAUGAAGUACUGUCCAUAGGAAACAGUAUGGAACGCUCAUUCGUUUCUUGCGUAAAAAAUGUAUGGCGUAGUACUUUAGAUAUUAUUAUCCCGGAAGGCUAUAGUACUGAUCUACUAAGAGCUUUAUAUUUUUGUAAUAUUAUUAAAAA